AUAAUUACUUUGUCUUGUCUUGUCACUGAAGUUGCUAAAACAAAGUUUAAGCAUUAAAAAUAUUGGGUGCAAAGUACGAAUUAAAAAAAUUGUAAAAAUAGUGUGAAAGAAGUUAAAUACAUCACUAAAGAUUUAUUUAAUGCUCAGAAGUAUUUUAAAAUACUUUUAAAGAAUAUCAACUGCUCUACCUCAAUCAAAGACCUCUAUUUUUUUUGGUUUAAACUUCAAUAUCACAUAAUCAUGUCAGAUUCGUGCUCAUCAUCAUCUGAGGAUUUUUAUUCUGCUGUUGAAUGUGUAUCAUUUCAUGAUGAAGCAGUGUUAUGGGACAAUGUAAUUUCAAUGAAUGUUGACAAUUUGUAUGACUUGAUUUUGGAGAAUUCAGAAUUUAUGUUAAACUUCUAUGAAAGUUUAGGUUACGUUGAUAUAGUAUCUUCAAACUGGUUCGGAAAUUCAGAAUCCAUAAGAAAGACAAAAAAAGUCGCAUAUUCUCUCCCACCAAAUUUCGGACACAAAGCUAGGGUAACCAAUAGUUAUGAAUUACUGGAAUGUAGUGUUCCAAAUGAAUUAUAUUCAGUCAGAAUACAAACUAAAAUGGAAACAAUAAAGGGUGAUUGUUUUGUAGUAUAUGUACAUAAUUGCUUUAAAAAAAUAACGGAAUAUGAAAGUUCAAUCUUUGUUUCCUAUAAAAUAAUUUUUACAAGAUCUGUAUGGCCAUUUCAAUCCAUGAUUGAAAAUGCUGCAUUCAAUGGCUUACAAAACUAUUAUGAACGUUUAUUCUCAACACUUCAAGAGAGAAUACCUCGUAGGAUCAAUGAAAAACAACCCCAUUCCAGUUCCCAAAAAAGGGAUAUACGAAAGCGUACUACAAAUUCUAGCCUCGCAACAGAUAUAAGAAGUAACGAUUCAAUGGAUAGUAAUAAAACAUGUGGCGGCUCUGCUCAAUCAGUGUUAGCAUGGCAGAAUGCUAAUUUUAAUAAUAACUAUAAAAGGUCAUUGGAACAAAAACAAAAAACAUAUAAAUUCUUGGCCUAUGGGUUAGGUUUAGUAAUUAUGAUUGUACUCUUGUUUGUAUUUAAAAUUAAAGUAUAGCAGAAAACCUCUUCUUUUGAAAAUACUUUUCCAUUUGAGUUUCUUUACCUUUAUUAUUUCAUUUAAUUAUACUUGUUAGCUAAAAAAUAUUUUAUAUUCAGUAUUUUAGUGCUAAAUUUUUUUCCUUGUUAUAUCAUAUAACCUGGCACAAAAAAGUGGCUUAAUUCAUCCCCUCUUUUGCCAGUUCAGGCAAACCAAAUUAUAAGAUUGAAAUUCAUACUAAACAGCACAAGAAAUCAAAAAUUAUAAUCACAACUUUACAUUAAAGUUAUGAUAUUGUGAUAAACACAUUCAAUUUUUGCUUUUCGAUUUCAUGGUAUAAAAAAUCGACUAUAACACCAUUAAUGAAAUGAGUGGCAAAAUACAUAAAAAUUAUCAUGGAAAAUCUUUAAUUUUAUGAGAAAAUUUAUUUAAAUAACCAAUCAAUUUUAUACUUUGCCACUCUAUAUAUUUUUUAAAUACUUUAUAAUUGGCACAUUUACAUUAUAAGCUUAAAAAUUAAUAUUAAGUGACUCGAUAAUUAUAAAAAUUGUUCAAUGAGAUCAUAACAUUAAAAAUUAUUUUUUUACAUAAAUUUUGUUGUUUCAUGUAAAGUUUGUCAAUUUUUUAUAAAGUGGGUGCGAUGCAAUGAUUAUUUGAAAAAAAGUAUUAAAGAUUUUAAAAAUAACAAGCAUAGUAAAUGGCAUGUGGUUGUAAUUGGAGUGAAUGAUGAUGGAGACUAAUGAUUUAAACUUGAAAAAAAAUAAUUACUUAUCUAAUUACUUUGAAAAAUAUGCUCAAAGUUUUCUGAUUAAAGGUUUUCUUCAGAAUUUUUGAAAAAAAAAAAAGAAAUUAAAAGAAAACCAUUUUAACCAAACAUAGUUUUUUUUUUUAAUUAGAAAUCAGUGAAUCUAUUCAAUCCGUUUGUUUCAAUUGCUAAUUAGGAACAUUUAGUUGUGUAAACUUUCUAACAGAGUUAUGUUAGCAAACUUGGUCUUGCGGACAUUUGAAAAGAGAAAAGAAAGAAAAUUAAACUGAAUAUAAAUUUGACUAAAUAUGUAAAAACUACAUGUGUAUGUAGUAGAUGAAUUGAGCGUGAAUGAUUACCAUGUAUAUAUAACGAAUGAUGUUUUCACCACUUAGAUUAGCCUUAUACGCUUAUGCUAUUAUUACAUAAAAGGUUGAUUGGUUUACACCUUAACAAUUUAAUGAUUAGAUAAUAUAAAACGAUAAAAUUUAAAAAAAAUAUAUUUGGAAUUGUUUCCGCUUAUAUUCCAUAAUAUAAUUAAAAACACAAUUAGCAAUUUUAGCACUCAAUUCAAAUAAAUUAACACAAGUAAAAUGAAAUGCUUUCAUCAUUUCAAAUUUCACUCGAAAUUUUGCAGUCGACCUCAUUUGUAUUUAAAUAAUAAAUAUUCUACAAGAACAAGAGAGCAUUGCAACCCAGAAUAUCAAUUUUUACAAAAUUCUAUGUUACCAUCGAUGUAUUUUCAGCCAUCAUUGCCUAGAUUACCUAUCCCAACUAUAGAAAAAACUUGUGAGAGAUAUUUAAAAUCUGUCAAACCACUUUUAAUCGAUGAAGGCUACCGAAAAACUCAAGAUGUUGUUGAAAAGUUUAAAAUUUCAUCUGGCCCGCAAUUACAGAAAAUUUUAAAAGACAGAGAUUCAAAAAACAAGCACACAAGUUAUAUAUCGGAACCAUGGUUUGAUAUGUAUUUAAGAGAUAGGCGUUCUUUACCAAUAAAUUAUAAUCCUUUAAUAGUAAUGAAACAAGAUACCAGACCUGAAUACAAUAAUAUACUUAUACGUGCAGCUAAUAUUGUAGUCAGUACUCUACGUUUUUAUAAAUCUUUGAUGCAAGAAAACUUAGAACCAGAAAUAUUUCACUUAAACCCUAAAAAAAGUGAUACGGAUUUAUUUAGAAAAAUUACUAAAAUUGCGCCAGUUUCAAUAGCAACAUAUGUCGCAUAUGCAUUUAAAGCUUUUCCACUAGAUAUGAGUCAAUACAAAGGGAUGUUUAAUGCAACUCGAAUUCCAGAAUUAGAUAAAGAUAGAAUUUUUGUAAGUCCUACACCAUCACGCCACAUUUUAGUGAUGUUAAAUGGAAAUUUUUAUGCAGUUGACGUAAUUGAUGAAGAUGGAAAUAUUGAGUCACCAAAUGUUAUAUUAGGAAGAAUCAAACAAGUUUUGAGAUCGAAAAAUAUACUUCAACCAGAUUAUCCAAUUGGAAUAUUAACCGCUGGUAAUAGAGAUAAGUGGGCUAUGUUAAGGUAUCAUUUGACUAAAAUUAGUUCGAAAAACGAAAAUUCAAUGAAAUUGAUUGAUUCAGCUCUAUUUUGUCUAUGUCUAGACGUAAAUACAAAAUACGAUCACAACGAUCCUAUACCACUCGUUAAGCAUUAUUUAGUUGGAGAUGGUAUUAAUAGGUGGUUUGACAAAAGUUUUUCUGUGUUUGUCGGUAAAGAUGGUAUCAGUGCAGUUAAUUUUGAGCAUUCAUGGGGUGAUGGCGUUUGUAUUUUACGAUACUUCAAUGAAAUCUAUAAAGAAAUAACCGAAUCACCGUUUGUUCAUCCAAAUACAACUGCACAUUUAAAUGAUAGUGAACAAAAAUCCAUUCGUUCCUUAGAAUUUGAUUUAGAUGAUCAAAUAAAAAAGGGAGUAGAAGAAACCCGUAAUAGUUUAAAUAAUGUGGUAUCAUCUUUAAAUAUCGCAUUUACUAGAAAUCCUCAUAUAAAUAAAAAGUUAUGUAAGGCAAAUAAUGUUAGCCCAGACGCUAUUAUACAAUUGGCAUUUCAAUUAGCUUAUCGUCAAUUAUUUGGAAAAUAUGUUGGAACAUAUGAAUCUUGUAGUACAGCAGCAUUUCGUCAUGGACGUACAGAAACGAUGCGUCCAUGUACAAUUGAAACUAAAAACUUUUGUGACUCAAUUGUUGGAACUAAACCAAAUGAAAGGCUUAGUAAUAAUGAAUUACGACUACUGAUACAAAAAUGUUCCCAAAAACAUAAUGAAUUAACUAAAGAAGCUGCAAUGGGACAAGGUUUUGAUCGUCAUUUAUUCGGUUUAAAGCAUGUAGCAGAACUUCAUGAUAUGAAAAUACCUAACUUAUACCAAGACUCUGCAUAUCAAAUAAUGAAUUACAAUAUUAUAUCAACAAGUACUCUAGGGUCGCCGGCUUUACUUGCAGGCUCUUUUGGACCAGUUGUUGAAGACGGGCUAGGAAUCGGAUAUUCAAUUCAAAAUGAUGAAUGUGGAGCAGUUGUCACAUCAUAUGAAGGUCAAAGAGAUGGAAAAGCCUUUGUUGAUAGCUUGAACGAUGCUUUUAAGAAAAUUCAGAUUAUUUUAGAAACAAAAUAGUAUACAUACAUACAUAUGUUUACCAAUUUGUGUAAAUAUUUAUUAAAUUUUAUUAUGAUGUAAGUUUUUAAAGAUAAACUUCUUUGUUUAAAAUGUUUUACCAUUCUAAUUUUUUAAAGCUACACUUUUUACUCAAUAAAAAUUUACGUCUU